GCAGGGGGCGGUGUAACGUUUCAAGUGUGUACGUGAAAACUUAUAGGGGAGGGAAGAAAAAGUGUUUAGGUCGCUUCACUUCUUCUGUUCGAAAGUUCUGGUCGUGUUCGCUCCUCAAAUUUGUUGGGAUCUGGGCGUUUGAACUGUUUUUGAGAUGUAUUAUUAUCGAUAUGAAAAUGCUGAGGUGAGCUGCUGCUACAAAUAUCUGAUGUUCAGUUACAACAUCAUCUUCUGGUUGGCAGGAGUGGCCUUCAUCGCUGUGGGCUUCUGGGCCUGGAGUGAAAAGGGAGUCCUGUUGGACCUGACCCAGGUGACCCGGUUGCAUGGUUUUGAUCCAGUGUGGUUGGUUCUGGUGGUGGGUGGAGUCACCUUCGUCCUGGGCUUCGCUGGUUGUGUGGGCGCCUUGAGAGAAAACAUCUGUCUGCUGAAGUUUUUUUCUGGCGUUAUCGGCUUCAUCUUCUUCCUGGAGUUGACAGCAGCCGUUCUGGCCGUCGUCUUCCAGAGUCAGGUCAGGGAAUGGAUUAAUGAGUUCUUCCUGGCAAAUGUCAAAGCAUACAGAGAUGACAUCGACCUGCAGAACCUCAUCGACUCCCUGCAGAGGAUGAACCACUGCUGUGGUGCUCAGGAACCUAAGGACUGGGACCUCAACGUCUACUUCAGCUGUAAUGUAACCAAUCGCAGCAGGGAACGAUGUGGCGUGCCUUUCUCCUGCUGCCUCACUGAUCCUGCUGACUCGGUGGUGAACACUCAGUGUGGCUACGAUGUCAGGAGUAAAGCAUCAGGUGAGUGGAGCAAAGACAUCUACGUGAGAGGAUGCAUCGCAGCGCUGGAGGACUGGUUACCUCGAAACCUGUACACGGUGGCCAUCGUCUUCAUCGUCAUCUCUCUGCUGCAGAUGGUGGGGAUAUACUUGGCCAGGACACUGAUCUCUGACAUUGAGAAAUCCAGAUUUUCUUACUGAAGUUUUUUUUUUUCUUUUUUUUUUUUUUUUCUUCUUCUUCUUGGAGCUUCAGGAGAAGAGGCUUCACUGUCCCCGUGGAGACUGAGACUACUUCUAUUUUUAUUUACAAUUUAUCACUUUUAACACUUUUUCAAGUCUUUAUAUAAAAAACCAGUACACUGUGAUGUGCAGCCUGUUGCCUCAUCACUGAUCAGUGCCUUUGAGACAGGAAGCUGUGUGUGAUGUCAGAGAGACGGCAGGAGGACACGUCCUUCACACACACAGCAGAUCAGAGUUUAUUCAUUCUGGACCAGACGUUCCCAUCGAUCAAUCGGUCAGUCAAUUUAUUAACAAAUAUGUUUUUUUAUUUGAGCUCUGAGGAAAAAACUAAAUAAUAAUGUCUUUGAACGGAUCACAUUUAAGACUGAUUUUUUUUUUAUUGACACUGAUUUGUGUCGGCAGGUAGUUUCAGUUUUCAUCCUGUUUGGAGCGAAUGAGAUGAAAUUAAACUGUGAUUGAAUGAGUGACUGAGUGAAUGAGUCCAUUUUUCUGUUUUGUGAAAAAAAUGUAAAAACCCUUAUUUUUGAAACUUCUGUUUAUAAAGUAAUUUUUACAUUUUUAUACUUUCCAAAUAAAAGUUUGCUUUGACUUUGA